AUGGAGUCCAAAGAACAAGGAGGAAAAAAUAUCAACAUGGAAAAUGACCAUCAGGGACAGAAGGAAAAGGAAGAAAAGCCGCAGGGUGCUAAGAAAAGGGAGCAGCCUGUGGUCCUGCCUCUUGAAGCCGAAUACUCUGCGCCUCGAGGAAAUCGCAGGCGCUUCCGCGUUAGGCAGCCCAUCGUGCACUAUAGAUGGGACCUGAUGCACAGGGUCGGAGAGCCCCAGGCAAGGAUGAGAGAGGAGAACAGGGAAAGGUUUGGGGAGGAUGUGAGACAUCUCAUGGAGAAGUUGAGGGAAAAGCAGAUGAGCCAUACUCUGCGGGCGGUUAGCACUGACCCCCCGCACCAUGACCAUCAUGAUGAGUUUUGCCUUAUGCCCUGAAUCCUGAUUUUCUCUGAAGAUAAUACGGGGACCCCUGCUUCCAAAACUUAAUGUUU